AUGAGUGUCAUCGAGCGCAUACUGUACCAUACCAUUCCUAUCCGGUGUGUUUCCACAGUUGGUGACGAUAUUGGGCUCCACCAGAUGGGCCGGAUUUCUGAUCUGCUCGCCCCCACUGAGUGCCAAGAGCUGCAUCAGGUCUUGACCAACCCAGAGGAGAACAUCCUGGAGGAAGUAGACAGGAUGUCCAAACAAAACAGCAACCUCGACAUUAAUGAGAAACGGAAGAAGCGAUCCAUCACUACCCCUGCAGAGUGUACGAGGAUCAUGAAGGAGUGGCUGGCCUCUGUUGGAAACAGCAUGUAUUACGACAGACUCGCCAGAGCAUUGCGGAAGAUCGGGAGGUCGGAUGUCUCAAGAGAGAUGGGGAAGAACAUCAACCAAGACAAGUCCCUGGGGAUGAAGAAGUAUGUGGAGGACUUCCAGAAGGGGGUGAAAGCCAUGCAGUCUUCCAUGAUAGCACCUGACUCGCACAAGUCCGCAGACAAGCUCCGUAGGGAAAGAGAAUUGCUGGAGACGAACUGGGCUGACUUGGAGCUGAUCAUUGAGAGGCAGCAGCUGCCUCCGUACCCCAGGAAGCUCUUUGAUGGGAUUCGACCCCUGAUUUACGGGAUCUUCUAUGGCUUUUCUGGGGCGUUUCUUAUCGGCGGGAUUGCUAUCUUCUUCUCCAUUAGGAUCACAGAACAAGACUUUGAGGAACUGUUAAUGCGCUCAGCCUCCAGGAAGAAGCCCUGUCGUUCCCAGAGGCUGCAUCACCCAGCCGAGCUUCCAUCCUCUUCUGAUGAGGACAAGAGUGAAGACCACGAGAGAGAGCCCCCGAAGGGCAGGAAACCUGCAAAGAGAUUCCGAGACUACUUCCCUGCCUUCAACCUCGGCAAAACAAAUACUGGAAAGAAUAAAGUCUAAAGUUCAGGGGGUUUGGUGUUGACGUGACUCUGUGAAUGAAUGGUCGCCUUAGUAAAUACUGUGGUGAGAUGAUUGUUUUCAUAUGCUAUGCAGAGACACAGUGGCGAUACGAAUUUUGACUUUUCCCUUUUGUUAUGUGCUGUAAGCCUAGAAAGAAGCCUAGAAACAGCACACAUGCAGUGAAUUUAAUGUAAAUACAAGUUUAAUUAUA